AGCCCAAAGGGAAUUUGAAACCCUCAUUCUUCACAUUCUUAUCUACAACCUUUCUUCUUGUUCCAACUUGGCAAAAAAAUAAAAAUGGCUACGAUGUCUGCGGCUGCGUUGUCUGCAUCAUUUGCCGGAAAGGCUGCCGAUACGCUCCUCGUUAAUUAUCGGUUUCCGGUGAGCAGUGUUCGUUUGUUUCCUCGUCGUGUGAAUAUGUGUACUUUUGUUGCGGCUACAAGUAAGAAGACAGAGACUGAGACUGAGAGUGAGACGGCAAAGAAGAGAGAGCCCAGGGGUAUAAUGAAGCCACGCCCUGUCACCCCAGAAAUGCAAGCUAUUGUUGGUGUUCCCGAGAUUCCUCGUACUCAAGCUCUUAAGCGCAUUUGGGCUUACAUCAAGGAGAACAACCUUCAGGACCCUGAAAACAAGAAGAUAAUCAUUUGCGAUGAGAAGCUGAAGAAAAUUUUCAAAGGCAAUGAACGUGUUGGGUUCCUCGAGGUUGCAGGCUUGAUUAGUCCUCACUUUCUUUGAGUAACAGCUAUAUGCAGGGGGGGUAUAUGGACCUGUUCUUUCUUUUGUAAAUCAGUAAAUGGGGUUCUGCUAGUUUAGUUAAUCAGUAAUGACAGUCAGGAUACCUAUGCUCUCUGAAUGCACGGCAAAGUAUUAGCUGUUGAAUUUUGGCUAUGUGGGUGAAAAGUUCUGCUUAUGAUAUUCUAUUUAUGGUGUAAGCCCUUUGCUAAUGUUUUUGUGGCGACUGUGACUCUGGUUUAUCAAUUUAAUGCCUCUUGGUGCUUUUCUUGAUUAAA